AUCCCUAGUCACGAACGCCACUCUCACUCACCCUCCACCGUUACACACGAACCCAAUCAUAAUUCUGAAAUCCAAACACAACCCAGAUGUUAAUCCUUCAGAGAAUGGCAAUGGCCACUUCUUCUUCCUUCCUCUUAAUCCCUCUCCUCAAUAAUCUUCUUUGCUUUCCCCAGUUAAACACCAAGCUCCGAGUUCAGGUCUCUGUCCUUCUACGGCGGUAGAACUGGAGUCUCCACCUCCUCGGCGAUGGCCACGGAGGCUCAGGUCUCGACCCAAGACGACAAAUUGAAGGAUGCCCAGAUGGAGGUAGCUGAUAAGCCUGAGACAGUCGUGCUUCCAACCAACGAGUCCUCCGAAAGCCUCAUCAUAAUUCGACACACGUGUGCACACGUGAUGGCCAUGGCUGUUCAAAAGCUCUUCCCGGAUGCAAAAGUGACAAUUGGUCCAUGGAUAGAAAAUGGGUUCUAUUAUGAUUUUGAUAUGGAGCCUUUGACGGACAAAGAGUUGAAGAGAAUCAAGAAGGAGAUGGAUAGCAUCAUUGGUAGAAACUUACUAUUAGUAAAGAGUCCUCCACGUCUAUACCCUUGUCAUAAUCUCCAUAAUUAUCUUAUGUAUAUUAUCACGUUAUCUUAGAGAUUUGUAAUCCCGUUAGGAUUUGUAUUGGGAGCUACAC